AUGACAGAGCCAAGAUCCCGUGGGAAAGAGCUAGAGAAGAUGUGGGGAGUGAAGGUUACAGUGGUCUCAGAGGUGAUCGGACUCCACGCUGAAGGAGAACACAGUUUAGAAGAGGCUGAUGAUGUCAGGUUGGUGGGAGGAGCCAGCCGCUGUAAUGGUACACUGGAGGUGAAACACCUGGGAGACUGGAAACCAGGGGAUGUCUCAAAAGUUCAGUGGAACCUGAAGACAGCAGCUGCAGUGUGCAGACAGCUGGACUGUGGCUCUGCUGUCUCAGCAGUAAGAAGACAGUCCUCAUAUAGAGCUGUGUGGAUGAUCAUAGCUUCUUGUUUGCAGUCUGGAUCCGCUCUGAAGGAAUGUUUGGAGCCUCAGCUUCAAGUUAGUCUUAACAGCCUAGACCUCAUCUGCUCAGAGUCUGUGAGGCUGGUGAAUGGGAAGAGUCUGUGCUCAGGCAGAGUGGAGGUGAAGUCUGGCCAGUCGUGGUCCUCAGUGUGUGAAGCUGACUUUGACCAGCAGGAUGCACAGGUGCUCUGUAGGGAGCUCAGCUGUGGGGCUCCUUCAGUCCUCCUGGGGGCGCUCUAUGGAGAAGCGGAGGCUCCAAUGGGGACCAAAGAGUUCCAGUGUGAAGGCAGCGAGUCCUCUCUCCUGGACUGUGGAAGCUCAGGCUCAACUAGAAACACCUGCUCACCUGGCAAAGCUGUUGGACUCACCUGCUCAGAGCCUGAUGAUGUCAGGUUGGCGGGAGGAGACAGCCGCUGUGCUGGUACACUGGAGGUGAAAAAUCUUGGAGAGUGGGAACCAGUGUUGUUUUCAGGCUCAGAGCAGAGCAUGCAGGAAGCAGCUGCAGUGUGCAGAGAUCUGGACUGUGGUGCUGUUGUUUCAAAAAAAAAAAAAACAGACCCGUCAUUUAGGCUUAUACCUGUGUCGGAGCUCACAUUCUCCUGUCUUCAGUCUGGAUCAAGAAUGAGGGAAUGUAUAGACAUGAGGUCUUCAACUGCUUCUUCCACUCUGGAGAUCACCUGCUCAGAGUCUGUGAGGCUGGUGGAUGGGAAGAGUCUGUGCUCAGGCAGAGUGGAGGUGAAGUCCGGCCAGUCGUGGUCCUCAGUGUGUGAAGCUGACUUUGACCAGCAGGAUGCACAGGUGCUCUGUAGGGAGCUUGGCUGUGGGGCUCCUUCUAUCCUCCAGGGGGCGCUCUAUGGAGAAGCGGAGGCUCCAAUGGGGACCAAAGAGUUCCAGUGUGAAGGCAGUGAGUCCUCUCUCCUGGACUGUGGAAGCUCAGGCUCAGCUAGAAACACCUGCUCACCUGGCAAAGCUGUUGGACUCACCUGCUCAGAGCCUGUCAGGUUGACGGGAGGAGACAGCCGCUGUAAUGGCACACUGGAGAUGAAACACCUGGGAGUCUGGAGGCCAGUGGAUGUCUCAUACAUUCCAUUGGGUGUGAAGUCUGAGUUGGACCUGAAGACAACAGCUGCCAUAUGCAGAGAGCUGGACUGUGGCUUUCCUGUUUCAUCAGAGAGGAGAAGUGUUUCCUUAUCAAAAACUGUGUGGCAUGUAAGAUAUUCAUGUUAUCAGUCUGGAUCCUCACUGAAUGAUUGUUUACAGAUGGAGUAUCAGUCCACUGACACCUUUGGCAUCACCUGCUCAGAGUCUGUGAGGCUGGUGAAUGGGAAGAGUCUGUGCUCAGGCAGAGUGGAGGUGAAGUCUGGCCAGUCGUGGUCCUCAGUGUGUGAAGCUGACUUUGACCAGCAGGAUGCACAGGUGGUCUGUAGGGAGCUUGGCUGUGGGGCUCCUUCUGUCCUCCUGGGGGCGCUCUAUGGAGAAGCAGAGGCUCCAAUGGGGACCAAAGAGUUCCAGUGUGAAGGCAGUGAGUCCUCUCUCCUGGACUGUGGAAGCUCAGGCUCAGCUAGAAACACCUGCUCACCUGGCAAAGCUGUUGGACUCACCUGCUCAGAGCCUGAUCAUGUCAGGUUGGCGGGAGGAGACAGCCGCUGUGCUGGUACACUGGAGGUGAAACACCUGGGAGUCUGGAGGCCAGUGGAUGAAUCAGGUUUUGAGCUGAACCUAAAGGCAGCCACUGCAGUGUGCAGACAGCUGGGCUGUGGCUCUGCUGUCUCAGCAGAGAGGAGAAAGGAUCCCUCGCAGGAAUAUAAGUGGUAUCUCAGCUCCUCCUGUUUACUGUCUGGAUCUACACUGAGGGAGUGUGUCUACUUACCAGAAUUGAAGCCCUUUUUCUACCUGGAGAUCAUCUGCUCAGGUCAGCAGGGGGCAGCAGUGAGCGUCCAGACGGGUCGCCCGGCUUCCACAUAACCAAGAAUUUAAAGGCCCGUGCCAGUGAUGCUGCAGGUUUAACAUAAUAUCUACAAAAUGUUUCUGCUAAUCUUUUCCUAGAUCAAGCAGUUGUAUUUUAGAACUCUGAAAGCAUUUUUCUUACCUUGUAUCAGCCAGCUGGUUUCCAUUUAUUCACACUGUCUGAAAAUCAACGCAUUUUCAUUUCAAGUUGUGAAAUCUUUAAUAAUUCUGCACGA